UCGCGGACUCGCCUAUAUAAGGGGAACACAUUCGCUUGUGGAGCCGCAGCCUCUCUCUCUCCUCUUCUCUGUGCCUCUUCAAUUCGUGCCGUUCCAAAGUCUCCGCAGCAGCAGCAGCAGCAGUCAUGAGUGCCAUCGUGGACAGCGGCAGCGCCCCGGCUCUGAGUGGAGACGAGAAGGCGGCCAUCAAGAGCACGUGGCCCUCCGUGAACGCCAAGGCCGAGGACGUCGGCGCAGAGAUGCUGGCCAGAUUCAUCAGCAGCAACGGGGACGUGAAGAAGUACUUCCCCAAGUUCAAGGACAUCUCGUCGCAGGCCGAGCUCAAGUCGUCGGCCAAGGUGCGCGACCACGCCAAACGCAUCAUGGCCUUCGUCAACGACCUCGUGGACAACAUCGACAACCCCGGCGCGCAGACCGCCAAGCUGCACUCGCUGAGCGCCGAGCACGCGGAGAAGUUCAAGGUGGACCCGCAGUACUUCAAGGUCAUCUCCAACGUGCUGCUCGACAUCCUGGGCGAGACCUUCGGCGCCAGCUUCAGCGGCGCCACUCGCUCGGCCUGGAUCAAGCUCCUGAGCAUCAUCUGCAUUGGGCUGCGCUCGGCUUUCUAAGCGGGCGCUCCCCCCUACUACCCCCCCCCCGCUUGACCCCCUCCCUUCCCCCACCCAUCAACCCCCUCCCCCCACUCCGUACUCUGCGGGUUAACUCGGCGGCACAGCUUUGGGGAAGGGGGGCAGAGCGAACGGUGGUAACAUUGAAACGAUCGUAGCGACGAAGAGCGGUGCGUGGGGUUUGUCCCGCCGUCGCGCGAUGAGUUCUCGAGAUUCGCGAAAUCGUUGUGGCGGUGUUGUUGUUUUGUUUGAUGUCGUUCGGCACCACAUUGUAGAUCCUGCUGAGCUUAAACGUCGCGGCGAUGAAACGCGGCAACGCAUCGGAGGGCGCGACCGUGGCACCAGCGGCCCGCCCGCGCGCGCAAUUAAGUUUUGGCGGAAAUAAAGUUGAUUCAAGAAAGUUAACGAAAUGAAGUCGAUACAAUAAAGGUGUAGCCCGCUUAGCGGAGGUGUCGCUCAAUGCCGCCGCAGUCGCUCACCGCAGGGGGUUGCCGUCGGCAACAAAACAACAACAGAGAGACAACACCCGCGCCGUGGCCACGCCGCAAUUUCUUAAAAAACAAAUGAAAAUCAACGUGGAAAUGAAAUCGCUUUGCUCGUUCAUCCCCCCCCGACUCCAAAUGUUGUGACGUCGCCGCAUAGGAUUGGUGAGACGGCGGUGGCGAUGUCGACGAUUCAACAUCGCGCCAGUCGCUUCUUCUCACACGGGGCGGCCCAUGACCCCGAAUGUAUUCGUUUCAGUCUCCGAUUUGUCGCUUAAAUAAAGAAGUAGGAAAGAUGACGUUACUCUGUCACCGGUUAUCCGCGACAGGUGCUGAUUUGGGAACUUGGCACGCGUAAAAAAAUGUUCAGCGUUAAGCGAGAAUUUCCGUCCCUUGAAUAAUUGUGAUAUUGCCCAAUUCAUUCCAUACACCUUAUAGAGCCACGCACUACACAAGUCAUAUGCUUAAGCAUGCUUUCAUUAUAUUUUUGUACGCUAGUGAUCCAUGUCUAUAUCGGCUAAACAUUCCUAGAAAUGCCCGCUUAAGGCGUCGCCUUCUGCGUUGGUAAACUCACACACACGACGGUUGGAUGAACGGAACAAAUUCGCUUCAAAUGCGCCCGACGGUGGCUCUCAGAGCCGCGUACACUAUCCCCGGCGCCGCUGCGUGUUUUCGUGACUGCGCCCACCGAGACAGCCGCUGUUUCGUGGGGCGAUGCUGCGGAGCGGGGCUCCCGUCAGGUUCCUGAGCGGGCAUCCUGACUCGCCCCCCCACCCCCUCCCGCCCUGGCCGUCUCUCAGCUCACCAAUUAAAGUGGCCGUCUCUUAGCUCACCAAUUAAAGCGGCCGUCUGCGGUCACAGCACCUCCCACGGUGUCUCAGCUACCUCAUUGUUGUGGCAUUUUUUAAAUCAGGAAAUUCAUGUGGGGGGGCAUUUCUUCUUCCCGAGCCUGUGGGGCAGAGUUGUUGGCAGACUCCAGUCCUCGUGACCCCCCCCCCCCCCCAUUCAAAGGCCAUCCACGAUUCCGUCUUUCCGCCUUUUUUGCCAAUUUACUCCUCGAAUGCAAAUCCGGCAUUUCCACGUUGCACGCGCGCGAUGAUUGUUUAGCCUUAACAGACUGUUGGGGCGCGCGGGUGUGUGAACACACACACGCGCGCGCACACUGCGAUCCCAAUCUUCAUUUGAAUCGGCUCUAUUUAGGCAGACAGCGAUAAUCUCUGAACGCGUCACGUAGGACGUGUUUAGCAAUCAUCUGGCGCGUGCAGCGUGGGGCGAGUUCAUUUGUAUUUGAAUGGGGGGUGGGGUGGGGGGGGCAAUAAAUCGGUGAACGCGGGAAGACAGCGCGUGGUGGUGGUGGUGGGUCACCGGGAACGAAGUGUGGGGCAGUCUGCUAUGGGUUAUAUUCUCAUCUUGACGGCAGUUCAUUUUGUCAACAUUGCUUUUUGUUUUUGCCGAAACUUGCGUAUGUCUCCAUCAUUGAACACGGGGGGGGGGGGGGCGAUGGUGAUAUUGAUACAUCCACCAGACUGACGGCAUACUUACUGCCCGUCCGUGUCGUAAGACGUCCUCUCUUAAAGUGUAACGUGAAACGGGGCGAUUCGAAGGCCAGUCGUCUUGACCCACGCCGCGGGCUUCCACGCGUUCGCGGCCAUGUCGCCAGCGUCGCCGCGUGCACCUCUGGGCCAAUCAGGGACGAGCUACCGCAGAGCAACGGCUCGGCCAAUCACGGCACCGCGCCUCCGUGGGCAAGCACAUCGAUUAGAGAGUAGAACCACUCAAUGCCCCGGCAAAGUAUAAGACAACACAACGCUUGCUUUGUUUAUUUGUUUAACCUCUACCGGUCCGUAGUGUCCUUUUUUACGGCAUUCAUGGGGGGAGGAGUGGGAUUUAAAAAGAAAUAAAGCACAAAAUGACACGAAGCAAUUCCUACUCGGCGAUUGUAAUCCCACAGGCGGGUGUUGGGUGGUGGAGAUGUGGAGUGGUGCAGUGUGCAUCCCGUGGCAUGUGCGUAACGGGUGGCUUCUUCUUGAAUGCGGUGUUUUGAUUUUUUUAAAAUAAUAAAUUCGGUCAUCCGGGGCGUCAGCACGACACGGGGGUAAUAGGAGUAAUCGUACCCACUCUCCAGAAGCCACGCCAUGAUUAUGCCACCACUGCCCAACACCGCAACAUUGCCAAAUAACGUGUCCACUAAAGAUGAGACACCUGGCUGAGUUUUAACGUCACGAUUCAAACUGAGACUCGCGGAGUUCAUCCGAUGGUAACUCUGCAUUUUAUGACGCAUUUAAUCCGGUGUGCAUUUUUCAAAGUCACCAUCCGUACAGAGUGGGGUUUUUUGUGUAUUUUUACUCGCUGUGACAAUGUACUCACAAUGAUGGCCAUUAUACUUAGACAUUUACGUCUCCUUUUUUAAAAUAUCAUAUUGCUAGUACAGUAGUUACUCGUAGAAAUGGUAAAACGUUUUUUACACGAAUUUACCUUCUUUUUUUAAUCCUCAGCAUUAUCUGCAGACGUACGAGACAAAAAUCAAAUGUCCCUACGGUUUGUUUUUUUGCAGUCGAAUGAAUUUAAUAUCACGCCAAUAUCGCGAGCGCAAAUAUAACCGAUGGUUUUUGUGCGCGACGCACACACUUGCCGAGACGAAUUACGAAUCACGCGGUGUGUAAUCUAUCACGCGUCGAAUUCUAUACGGACUGCACUACACUACACACACAUCCAACACACACACACACAUCCAAUACACACAUCAAACACACAAACACACAUCCAACACACACACACAUCCAACACGUGCGCGCGCACACACGCACGCACGCGCACUUCCAUCAAAAUCAUCGUCAUCGUCAAAUCCAUUUUCAGUCCACUGUUGGAUGAAGGUAUUUUAGGGUUCGCAUCUGAAAGGCGGACAGCCCGUUCCUGUUGCCUAAGCGGCGAGUUUCAGGACUCGGGGGAACUUUGCGACUGCUGUGAGCCAACUUCGCUCCGGGGGCUCGCGAUGGUCUCAUUCUAUCGGGUUCAUUGUCCGGCUGGCCUCCAAGUGUAAUAAUAUACACGCAAGUACACGCGCA